AUGGAACCUCUACCAGGCCGCAAUGCACUGGUACCUCCUCAACCUGGAGAGAAAGUUGUGAAUUAUCUGACUCGUCCAGUGGAUACAACCACAGAUUUUGAAGGAACAACUAGUCUUCAACCUUCUCAACCGGCAUCAUCUGGAAAUGCCAUUUCUGGGAGCAUGGCAGGGCCUCAUGUAAUGCCAAGUAGAUCUGUCCCUCGGCCCAUGCCAAUGGUUGGCAUGCAAAGGAUGCAACCUCAGGGUUUAACGGGUUAUAAUCUCAGUUCUCAGGCAGGGAUGGGUGGUCAAAUGAAUCCUGGGGGCAUCCCAAUGCCACGAGGUGUUACUGCCCAGGCUCAUCAACAGCAGCAGAAGAAAAGACCCAGGAAUGGGAAUUACAGCAUACCCUCCGCAACAGAAAUCGAGGCGCUUCUGAUGAGGGUCUAUUUGCACUUCACUGGAUGCACCUGUAACCACCUGAGGAUUCAUGUUCAUAUUCGGCCUUUCGGUCUUGAAUCAAAAUUCGGCUUGCCAUGGCUAGGUUCAUGCAAGGAAAUGAUAGAAAUUCACGUGCAAGUAUGGAAGCCCAGAGUCCUCCAGUACUUGCCGGGAAGCAGAGUUGAGGCCAUUGACAUAGCUGCUUUAGUAUCUCGCUGUUGA